GAAUAAAUCAGAGGCACCGAAACAAUACAGUUUGAAUCAUAAAAACAGCACAAUAAAACAUUAUUCAAAAUGGUCGAAAAGCUUAAAAAUAAACAUUCCAUCACACCUUUGUGACCACGGUAAUCACAUGACAAACUGCGCGAAGCUAUGAUCCUACCUCUCGUACAUACACUUCGAUUGGGUGUGCGCGUGUGUGAGCUCAUCAACUUGUUUUUCAGCGAUCCGUGAAUUUGUGGAUUAACGUUCCUUGUGCAAGUUUCCUACUUAACUGCGAUACGAAACGUUAACGAUGUCGACACCUGAAGCUGGAAACUCAAAUGGUUUUCCUAAAUUACCGCCUCCGCCUACGGACAGUACGCAGCCGGCUGGAGCCAACGCAUCCAACAAUGCUACCACCAAUCGAUUGAAGCAAACGCAGGCCCAGGUCGAUGAAGUAGUUGGAAUUAUGCGUGUUAACGUGGAAAAGGUGUUAGAACGCGACCAAAAACUUUCGGAAUUGGAUCAGCGGGCCGAUGCCCUGCAGCAUGGAGCAUCGCAAUUCGAGCAACAGGCCGGCAAACUCAAGAGAAAACAAUGGUGGGCCAACAUGAAGAUGAUGAUCAUCAUGGGUGUGAUUGGCGUGGUUCUGCUAAUAAUUAUCAUUCUGUCCAUCAUUUAUUAAGAAACAUUUUAUUUUGCAUUAUUAUAUAUACUCAGAUAUUUGUUCUUAAAUCGAUACAUACAUCUUUGUUGCAACGGCGAGGUUUGAAAAACAUAUUUGUGAUAUAUCUUUGUCACACCGUUUAAUACUACGCGAGGGUAUACUUGAAUAGACGUUCCAACAAAGGACUAAUACCAGCUUGUUCUACAAUUAUUUUCUCUUCGUUAACUAUCAUAGAUGAAUCCAAUGUUGUUUUUAAUUUUAACACUAGAGUUAUCCAGUAAUAGCGUAUGUGCAACAAGGACAUUUUCACUUUUCAAAUGUAUAUUUAACGUUACAUGUUAUCUGCUGGAAAUUCACGAAUGUUUAUGAUGCAAUAUAUCAUAGGUAAAUAGACGUAUAAAAUCCACAAAUGUCUAUGUUUCAUUACAAGUUACAGGCUUAUAUUUGAAGUAUAGAAAUGUAUAUGUAUAAAGAAAAACAUUGACUGCGAUUCGUAAAGAUAUCACGUGGUUUGGAAUAUAUCUACGCUUUGAUGCAUUGUUACAUUUAAAUCGCUAUCAGAGAUAUGUUGUUCAUAUGAAGCUUCGGAGUUGUAUGUAAGGGAAACGUUCCAAUUUGAGUACCAACCAUCUUUUUUCGUGUUUUGUUUAAGAUUAAUUGAAUUAAAUUCAUUUUUUACGUCUAUUUGUUGGGAUUGAAUGUUAUUGGAAAAAGGUGAUGGUAUAAAAUAUAUGCAUCAUGGAUUACAUUUCAAAAUGAACAGCGAGGUAUGCAUACAACUGUGUAUUAGGUAUAGAAAAUAAACCUUUUGAAUGAACGUAUAUCUAAUACGUUUGAUAUUCUUCCACAGUUUGGAUUGUUCCCAGUGGAGGCUCUUCCAGCUCACCAUCAGUUGAAACGACUACAACGGUCAAGGAACAGGUAACGGAGUCGGCAUGAAUCCAAAGAAAACAUACAUUUUAGGGGGGGGGGGAAUGGUAUUCCUAUAAAUUAUCAAGAAUUAUGAAAUUGUGUUGAUGCAUUUUCUAUGAAUGAAUGGAUAACUGUGCCGACUUAUUGUUUAAUUUUAUUCCUUUGUCAACUUUUUAGCUUAUUUUUACAUUCUACACUAAUCUUUUAUUGGCAUAGUGAUUUUAAAUGUUUUAAUUCACGACAAUAAAGACUUAUAAAACGGGAAUAUUGAAUAUUAACAAAGCAAUAAGAAGUAUAACAGACAUUUCUAAUGUUCGAUAUCACACAUAAGGCAUUUUAUUUCCUACCACUUUGGUGUUAUUUAUAUUGUCAGCUGGUUGGGAAGAUUUAUUAAGUAGAUAAUGUAGAUCUAACUAACUGAAAAUUGAUUUAAAUAGUUGAAAAAAAAAACUCUGUUUUUUUUUUUAACACUCACCUAUUAGAUUCCCGCCAGCCAGUGUUACAAAGCAUGCUUCUAAUGAAAACGCUCCACGGUGUAGAUUGAUUCUCCGCCUCAAAGCGGCAGCUAGCUGUACAUAGUUAGAAUUGAAAACGUGCUGUUGACUCUUUUACACCACCAUCACUCGUACUCUCGUACCCAAUGUUGUUAGGAAGCUUGUAAAAAUCACUUUACUCUGCAUCAUUCAAUUCAUCUCUCUUCCUUUCUCUUGUUUCUCAUGCGAUACCGCGCAUGGAAAUUCGGUCCUCUGGAUCCUGGCAGUAAAAUCCCCAAAAUAGUAGCAAAGUUAUUCAUUCAAUCAAUAUUGUGCUUCGAUUUCUCUUAGUUCUCCGAACAAAAAAAAACAUUCUUUAGCAUUGAUAAUGAGGGAAAUGGAAGGUUAAACAAAGCCGUAAACAUUUAACUUAGAUUAAACAUUCGAACUGACAUUAGUGUGUCACGAACUAUUACACACGGCAAACUUUUCGACAGGAUGUCAAUUAAUUAUUCAUACUCCAACCACAGUAAAGGUGUCGCUUGCAGUAAGUCACAUUUUACACUAACCACUUUAUAGAAUGAAUGAAAACCACAACAUUUAUGGCUGGUUUUUACGGUUUUGUUGAAUACACCAUUCAUUACUCUACUAGCACGCUAAUGUUUUGUUGCAUACUUUGUAUGCAAACAGUGAAGAAGCAUAGGUAACGCAUAGGUUAAGUUAACUACCCUAGCAAACAAACAAUCCGUUCGUACGGAAGUAAAAACACACAGUUAGAUCGAAACGAUAUUGAUGCACAAAACAAGAACCACACUUUGUGAAAAAUUGCCAGUAACUAGCGCAAGCAAAUGGUGUACCACUUUCUAGUCAGGUUGUUCGUGCUUGGGCCGUUCUCUCGUCCUGUCACAAUCACGCAAUGCUGGUAAUAUUUUCAUUCAAAAAUCGCUUGCGCUUAAGAGAAGGAAGCAAUACUCGAGAGAGUUUUAACAGCCAUAAGGCUUCCAAAACCAAAAGCAGAGAGAAUUUUUGUUAAUACUGUAGCAUCUAUACUCUACGUUGAGAGUUUUUAGACGUUUUACUGCAGGAUUUUGACACAGCUAAAGAGCAAAUGCAGCAGUUCUGUUGAGAAAUAUCAGAGUGGUUCAUUAAUAUAACGUACUGCUGCAGCAAUCUGAAAUAAAUAUGUGUUGGUAAAACGAAUAUCAGCUGAUACUUGCCUGCAGGAGCAUGUAAACAACAGCUGUCGCCUAUUUAUGCUGAACGCAGGGGAGGGUAAUGUUGUGUACCUCCAUCAAUAUGCUAUGUUACGUUCAAUGUGCGCUUUUACUGCGUAUGUGCCUAUGCUCCUGAUUUAUGUAUUUUAUUGCUAUUCCAUUUUAUUGUGUACCUGAAUGUUGCUAAAAGGUAUAAGGCACACAAGAUUAUUUUAUUCUUGGGAUGUGUAAAGUCGGUAUCUUCUCCAUUUUAUUGUCUUAACGACCUACGCGGUCUACCGGGUCUAUACAAGCGUUCGAGACUUAUUGAGUACCAAGCAGCUGGAUAGUCAGCCCUUUCUACGAGCGGACUGUCCAUAUGAGGCUUGAACCCACGAAAGUCGUUAUAAAGUUAUUUUUUCGAAUGAUUGAAAGCAGUACUUACUGUAGUACAUGAUUACAAUCGCAUGGUAUUCAUUUUUAAUUCAUCAUUUCACCCGAUAGAUAGUGUGUAUUUUAUGCCUGUAUACCUGCAGCAAUAUUUACACACGUGCCGAGGUUACUAAAUCAGCCCUUUCUAGGUAUCUUGGCUCAGAUGUGUAGAGCACAACUAUAUAAUGUAAACGGAACGACGAUGACAUGCCUUGUGUAAACCUUGUGACAUGCCAACCAAAAUACAGAAACAGCAACGAAAGAGAUGACCGUGAAAAUCAGCUAUAGAAGACAGAGAUAGUAUGUUUCAUAUGAGCUAACGUGUGCACAUGGAGAAAGAAGAAGAAACACUGCCUGCCAAAUUGUGCGUGUGGUCCAAUGCGAGCAAGACGUGUGGUCAAAUCAUAAACGUCUCGGCUGUGCAACUUCAUUCGGAAGGCGAAACAUUGAGCUAGAGAGUAGCUAUUCAGACUGGGAACGCUGAGUUGUUAAGAUGGCACCGAAUGCAGCAGAGCUGAAAGUGAAACCCGCAUCGGAUUCGACCGGCAUUAAUGCCAUACUGCUGGGACCUCCCGGUUCCGGAAAAGGAACACAGGUAUGAAAAAUGCAUUGAAAACGCGGUCGCACAUGUGUCACAUUCCGUUUGUAUUUUUUCUGUAUAAAGUCCUGCUUCCGUUAUAAUCUGCUCCCACCAUCCACAGCAGACGGGGGGAGCGCCCUUCAGGAGUAGCAACAACGCUUCUGUUACAUAAUCCAAAUCAUGCCGAACCAUGCUGGAGAUUAUCAGUGAUAAGCCAAAGGGACAGUAUCAGCAGGAGUUGUUUAUCGCGGAUACGAAACGAAUGUUCGUAAGUCUCGUUCGUUCUGAGCGAUACAUGAACCUUGCACUUACCGCGCGGUUAAUACUCGCGGCUUUAACCAACGAAAUGAUCAGACAAAGUAGACAAAUCCAGCUUCACUCAUAAUCACCGGUAUGGAUUUGCACAGAUUAUUGGUGUGUGAUCAAAUGUGUGUAUGCAACAAUACCGCCGUCGUGUUCAAUCGGCUUAUCCAUAAUCUUAGCGCUAACACAAAUCGCUCAGGGUUGUGACCUUCUAUUUUUGUACUAAUUGUAACUGAUUGAUGGUAUAUGUGUAUUGUUCCUAUUAUUUGCAGGCGCCACUAUUAAAGGAAAAAUAUUGCGUAUGUCACCUUUCGACCGGGGAUAUGCUUCGAGCAGAAAUAGCGUCCGGUUCGAAGCUGGGCGCGCAGCUCAAAAAGGUGAUGGAUGAGGGCAAGUUGGUAUCCGAUGAGCUAGUGGUGGAUAUGAUCGAUUCCAACCUGGACAAGCCGGAAUGUCGCAAUGGUUUUCUGUUGGACGGUUUCCCACGUACGGUAGUACAGGCGGAGAAAUUGGAUAAUCUGCUUGAAAAACGCAACACCGGCCUGGACGCAGUAAUUGAGUUCGGCAUCGAUGAUAGUCUGCUGGUGCGUCGUAUUACCGGACGCCUGAUCCAUCAGGCAAGCGGACGGUCUUACCAUGAGGAAUUUGCGCCACCCAAGGUGCCUAUGCGCGACGACGAAACGGGAGAGCCUUUGAUGCGCCGCAGUGAUGACAACGCGCAGGCACUGGUGAAACGUCUUGAAUCGUAUCACCGACAAACCAAGCCUCUGGCCGAUUACUAUGCGUUGCGAGGAUUGCAUUUCCGCGUGGAUGCCGCAAAAAGUGCAUCUGACGUGUUUGCUAAUAUCGACAGCAUCUUUACCAAACAGCGUGCUCAUCGAUUAGGAUUCUAAUGAUUCCCAGACCGGUAUCUCCUUCAUACCACAUUCGACUGGAAACACACGACAACGGAUAAUGACACCCGGAUAACGCAACCAGCUAACUACCUGUGACUUCUUUUUACGUUACUUUUAAAUUAACCACACGUGCGUCACUGAUCGACGUGCGCUCGGCAUUUCCCACCAUUGUGUCCCAAUCCUAUAUCUGCAACACUGGUAGUAAGAAUUUAAAGUUGUUCAAAAAUAAGCAAAUAAAAAGUGGAUCAUUUUGGAAUCUUGUUGCUGAUGGUUGUACAGUAAUGCGAAAA